AUGUACCCCAAAAAGGACAAACCAGAGAAGCGCGUUCGAUCUCCGAUAGCGCCUCAAAGAGCGCAAUGCGGGGGUCGAACCCGCGACCCUGUGAUUGCCACGCUGCCAUACUGGAGGAGUAUACGGCGUAAAAGUCGCAAGCUCUACCACCGAGCUAACCGGGCUGGGGGUGGGAAGGGGUGGUGGGGUGGUGGUGGUGGGGAUUUGGCGGGCGUGGGAGGAUGCGGGUAG